CUUUCGGUUCCUGUUGCGCGCGGGGCGGCGGCACGUGGCGGGGACCGGAGGGGACCGGAGGGGACGGGACAGGCCCGGACCGCACCGGCGUGAGGGCCAGGCCGCGCCACGGCUGCAGCCGCCCGCAGUGGAAUUGUUGGUUUCCAGCUCCCGGCGGGCCCCGGAUGCCAUGGCUGAGGAGGACCUGAGCGCCCGGGCCACCAAAAAGGGAAGUUUGUCCCCCGGUGGCUCCCGGGGCUGCGCCACCGAGUCCAGCACCCUCCUGCAGGAGCUGAAGAGCACCAUCUCCAAAUCCGUGCAGAACAAGGUGGACUCCAUCCUGCAAGAUGUCCAGAAGUUCUCAGACAGCGACAAGCUCUACCUCUACCUCCAGCUGCCGUCGGGGCCGAGCCUGGGGGAGAAGAGCAGCAGCCUGGACCUGAGCUCGCUGAGCACGGCCGAGUACAUGCACGCCUGCAACUGGAUCAGGAACCACCUGGAGGAGCACACGGACACCUGCCUGCCCAAGCAGGAUGUCUACGAUGCCUACAAGCGAUACUGCGACAACCUCUGCUGCCGCCCCCUCAGCGCCGCCAAUUUCGGCAAGAUCAUCCGGGAGAUCUUCCCCAACAUCAAAGCCCGGCGGCUGGGAGGCCGAGGCCAGUCCAAGUACUGCUACAGCGGGAUCCGGAGGAAGACCAUGGUGAGCCUUCCCCCCCUGCCCAGCCUGGACCUCAAAGUGACGGAAACCCCGUCGGAGCUGACGGAGCUGGUGCAGUCCUACACCAGCGAGGUGAUGGAGGCGGCCUGCGCCCUCACCUGCGACUGGGCCGAGAAGAUCCUCAAGCGUUCCUUCAACAACAUCGUGGAGGUGGCCCAGUUCCUCAUCCAGCAGCACAUCAUCAGCGCCCGCUCGGCCCGCGCCGACCUGGUCAUGGCCAUGGUGGUCUCAGAGAGCACGGAGAAGAUCCACCGUGAGAGUCGACCCCCACCAACGGCGAAGAAGAACGGGCUGGACACCCCCGAGAGUGAGAGGAGCCCGGGGCAGCUCAAGAAGGAGGGGGCCCCCAAGCCCCCUGGACCCCCCCGACCCGAGAAGAAGAAGCCCCCAGAGCCCCCCAAGGUGGCCAGUAGCCCUCAGGUGAACGCCCUGGUCGCCCGCCUGCCCCUGCUCCUGCCCCGCAUCCCCCCGGGGGAGCGACCCACGGCGCCCGGUGCCGCCCCCCUCCGCUCCUCCCCUCCCGUCCUGGCCCCCAAAAUCACGGCCGCCCCCCUGGGGGGCACGGUCAAGGUGGCCCUGCCGCUACCCGUGGGCACAGCCCCCCCCUCCCUGCCCCUGGGGCUGGCCCCGGGGGCUAACGGGCCGGCGGGGCUGCUGAGCCAACCGGCCCCCGUCCCCCUCCUCAACGUCCUGCUGCCCCCCAGCGUGGGGGUCCCGGGGGGGGAGACCCCCACCAACCCCCGCAGCGGGGGGGGCGGCGAGGGUCCCGGCCCCCAGGACUCGCAGCGCCCCAAGGCCACCAAGCGUCCCCCGGAGCCGGUCACCGGUGACGCCGCCGCGGUGCCGAAACGGAGACGGGGGCGGCCGCGGAAGAGGACGGAGGACGGCAGCACCGGGGGGGCAGCGGAGCCCCCCAACGGUGCCGAUGGCUCUCCCGGGGGUGGCAGGGCCACCAGCCCCCUGGGGGACGGUGCCACCCCCCCCCUGGGGGACAGCCCCCUGGCCGGUGCCCCCCACCACGGCAGGACCCCCGCUGAUGGCCACCAGCCGGCCCCGGAGGAGGACACGGCGCAGCAGAGCCCGGGCCAGGCUGGGUCCCCCCCGGGUGCCAGUGGGGGCUCCUGUGCCCCCCGCCGCCCCCUCAGCGCCGCCAAUUUCGGCAAGAUCAUCCGGGAGAUCUUCCCCAACAUCAAAGCCCGGCGGCUGGGAGGCCGAGGCCAGUCCAAGUACUGCUACAGCGGGAUCCGGAGGAAGACCAUGGUGAGCCUUCCCCCCCUGCCCAGCCUGGACCUCAAAGUGACGGAAACCCCGUCGGAGCUGACGGAGCUGGUGCAGUCCUACACCAGCGAGGUGAUGGAGGCGGCCUGCGCCCUCACCUGCGACUGGGCCGAGAAGAUCCUCAAGCGUUCCUUCAACAACAUCGUGGAGGUGGCCCAGUUCCUCAUCCAGCAGCACAUCAUCAGCGCCCGCUCGGCCCGCGCCGACCUGGUCAUGGCCAUGGUGGUCUCAGAGAGCACGGAGAAGAUCCACCGUGAGAGUCGGCCCCCACCAACGGCGAAGAAGAACGGGCUGGACACCCCCGAGAGUGAGAGGAGCCCGGGGCAGCUCAAGAAGGAGGGGGCCCCCAAGCCCCCUGGACCCCCCCGACCCGAGAAGAAGAAGCCCCCAGAGCCCCCCAAGGUGGCCAGUAGCCCUCAGGUGAACGCCCUGGUCGCCCGCCUGCCCCUGCCCCUGCCCCGCAUCCCCCCGGGGGAGCGACCCACGGCGCCCGGUGCCGCCCCCCUCCGCUCCUCCCCUCCCGUCCUGGCCCCCAAAAUCACGGCCGCCCCCCUGGGGGGCACGGUCAAGGUGGCCCUGCCGCUACCCGUGGGCACAGCCCCCCCCUCCCUGCCCCUGGGGCUGGCCCCGGGGGCUAACGGGCCGGCGGGGCUGCUGAGCCAACCGGCCCCCGUCCCCCUCCUCAACGUCCUGCUGCCCCCCAGCGUGGGGGUCCCGGGGGGGGAGACCCCCACCAACCCCCGCAGCGGGGGGGGCGGCGAGGGUCCCGGCCCCCAGGACUCGCAGCGCCCCAAGGCCACCAAGCGUCCCCCGGAGCCGGUCACCGGUGACGCCGCCGCGGUGCCGAAACGGAGACGGGGGCGGCCGCGGAAGAGGACGGAGGACGGCAGCACCGGGGGGGCAGCGGAGCCCCCCAACGGUGCCGAUGGCUCUCCCGGGGGUGGCAGGGCCACCAGCCCCCUGGGGGACGGUGCCACCCCCCCCCUGGGGGACAGCCCCCUGGCCGGUGCCCCCCACCACGGCAGGACCCCCGCUGAUGGCCACCAGCCGGCCCCGGAGGAGGACACGGCGCAGCAGAGCCCACACAGUCCAGGGGCUUCCUCCAUGAGGUGA